AGUCACCAAAUUUAAGAAAAACACACGUACUAGAUUUUGUUGCUAGUGUUAUUAAUUUCUACGCAUUUUGAUAUUUUAUCAGAUUGAAUCUAAUUUGUGUCAUAUUCAAAUUAGGAUCUUUUUUUUUUGUUAAGUAUGUUGAGUCCUUUGAUAGAUCAAAAGGAAGAAAACAAUAUUCCAAAGCAAAAAAGCCAUCUAACACUUGCAAUUUUAGAAGCAAAAUGCAUUGGAAAAAUUGCAUUUCCUAUGAUAUUUACAGGCCUAAUUCUUUAUUCACGUUCAAUUAUUUCAAUGAUUUUUCUUGGUCAUUUAGGGGAACUUUCUUUAGCUGGUGGUUCACUUGCAAUUGGAUUUGCAAAUAUAACCGGUUAUUCAAUUCUUUCAGGUUUAGCCAUGGGAAUGGAACCAAUUUGUGGACAAGCUUUUGGUGCUAAAAGAUUCAACAUUUUAGGCCUUACAUUACAAAGAACAAUUCUUUUGCUACUUUUAACCUCAAUUCCAAUUUCAAUUUUGUGGCUAUUUAUGCAAAAACUCUUGAUUUUAUGUGGCCAAAAUCAUGAAAUUGCAAAAAUGGCACAAAAUUACAUCCUUUUUUCACUCCCUGACCUUUUUGCUCAAUCACUUUUACACCCCUUGAGGAUUUAUCUACGUUCACAAUCCAUCACAUUGCCUUUAACAUUUUGUGCUAUUUUUGCAAUCAUUCUUCAUAUCCCAAUUAAUUAUUUCUUAAUCAAAAUUCUUAAUCUUGGGAUUAAAGGUGUAGCAUUAAGUGGGGUUUGGACAAAUUUCAAUCUUGUUGGAUCAUUAAUAAUUUACAUUAUAUUUUCAAAGAUUUACAAGAAAACUUGGUGUGGAAUUUCUUUAGAGUGUUUUAAGGGAUGGAAAUCACUUCUCAAUUUAGCAAUUCCAAGUUGUAUUAGUGUUUGUUUAGAGUGGUGGUGGUAUGAAAUUAUGAUAUUAUUAUGUGGGAUUUUAAUUAAUCCUCAAUCAACAGUUGCAUCAAUGGGAAUUUUGAUCCAAACAACAUCUUUAAUCUACAUUUUCCCAUCUUCAUUAAGCUUUGGUGUAUCAACAAGAGUUGGAAAUGAGCUAGGUGCUAAUCGUCCAAAUCGCGCUAAAUUAGCCGCUAUUAUUGGACUAUGUACAAGUUUCGUCCUGGGUAUCUCAUCCUUAUUUUUUGCUAUUCUCGUACGUAAUAUUUGGGCAAAAAUAUUCACUCAAGAUCAAGAAAUUAUGAAAUUAACCUCAAUGGUGUUACCUAUUAUUGGACUUUGUGAACUUGGGAAUUGUCCACAAACAACAGGUUGUGGUGUGUUAAGAGGAACAGCUAGGCCAAAAUUAGGUGCUAAUAUUAAUUUAGGAUGUUUUUAUUUAAUUGGAAUGCCAAUUGCAAUUUGGUUAAGUUUUUUUAUGGGAUUUGAUUUUAAAGGAUUAUGGCUUGGAUUAUUAGGUGCACAAGGUUCAUGUGCUGUGACUAUGAUGUUAAUUAUUUUGGUUAAGACUAAUUGGGAAGAUCAAGCAAGAAGAGCAAAAGAACUAAUUAAUGGUGAUUAUGAUAAUCAAGAUGAAAAGAUAGAGGAUUAUUUGGAUUAUCACAAGUUGGAAAAUUCAAAUGUUUGAUUUUAUUUUAUUUUUUUAAUUCAAUUCUUGUGGAUUAUUGAAUUUUUUUUUUUUGAAAAAAUGUUUUGUACACUAGUAGAGAUUAAAUUAGUUUUUUUUUCCUUGUAAUCAAGCACGUAGAAUUUAGAAAGUGA